AUGAUUAUAUUGAUUAUACUAAAGAAUUAUUACAAAUUUUCUAUUUUUAUCAUAAAAUAUAUAUUUUCUAUUCAGUAUUAAAUCAUCGCAAUUAAUGUAAAACAGAUUAAACAAAAACUUAAAGACUUGACUAUUGAUAGUCCUCUUUCUUGGGUAAAAAUAAUACCAGAUCCUAAUUGUAGAUUAUUGUAAAGAUUUAAAAUAUAAAUAUUAGAUGGAAUGCAAUAGUGGCAGGACCAGAAGGCACUUCUUAUCAAGGAGGAAAGUUUAAAUUGUCUAUCAGUUUUCCAGAGAAUUAUCCAUUUUAGCCUCCCAACUUUUAAUUCUAAACUAAAAUAUUCCAUCCAAACAUUGAUCACGCAGGCUAUAUGUGUUAUCAUACGAUUGAGAGAUAUGUAAUUUGAUUCAAUCAGCUAAAGGAA